AAUAAUAGUUUCUAUCUUCAUACAGGUAGAACACAUACACUGUCUUUUGCGUCGGUCAGGCCCGAGCACGCGGGAGAUAUCAGAUUCACUGCAGAGCGUGUGUCAUCUUUUGCAACUCUCACCGUCAAAGAGCUCCCAGUCCAAAUAGUGCGUCCUCUGAGGAUCAAAAUAGCUAUGUACCGCCACCGGGGUCUGCUAGAGUGCCAGGUGUCGCGACCUAACGCUCAGGUCAGGUGGUACAAGGACAGGAAGGAGCUACUGCCCAGUAAGAAGUACCAACUGAUCAGCCAAGAUGUGUACAGGCAGCUGACCAUCGAUGACGUCCGCUCCUCAGAUGAGGACACGUACACCUGUGACGCAGGAGACGAUAAAACCUCAUGUCAGCUCCUGGUAGAGGAGCAGGCCAUCAGCAUCGUGCGGGGGAUGACCUCGGUGGAGGUGAUGGAGCCGGAUCCAGCGCUGUUCCAGGUGGAAACCAGCCUAAAGUCAGGGCGGCCCCCCAAAUGGACGCUAAACAACCAGGUCCUAGAACCGUGUGCGGCGGUGAACAUCGACAGGGACGGAGCUGUCCACAGUCUCCGUCUCACCUCCACAGACACCUCCAUGUCUGGUCCUGUGGUUUUCGUAGCCGGAAAGAGCCGCUCUACGGCUCAGCUCGCGGUGAAAGAGCGCCCUCUUCAGGUUGUUCACCACUUGGAAGACGUGAAGGCCAAGGAGAACAGCUCGGUGACUCUGAGUUGUCAUUUUAACCCCUCUCCCAGAGCGGUGCGCUGGUUCAAAGGUCGCACCGCUCUGAAGACAUCCAACAAGUACAGCAUGAGGAGAGAAGGAAGACGAGCAGAUCUGACCAUCCACGGUGUGUCAGGGAUCGACUCGGGACAGUACCACUGCCUGGCCGGAGGGUCACAGAGCACAGCAAAUGUUAAAGUGGAAUUGAAAACACUCAAGUUGAUCAAACACCUGGAGCCGGUGGAGAUGGAGGAAGAAGGCGACGCCACCUUCUCAUGUGAGCUCAACUAUGUGGUGGCCAACGUGGAGUGGCUGCACAACAACAUCCGUGUCUACCCCAACGCCAUCAACAGGAUCCAGCACAUGGGCACCAUCCACAGCCUCACCAUGAAGAAGCUGCGGCCACAGCUGAGCCGCGUGACCAUCAGAGCCGGUCUGCUCUCCGAGACAACGGUCCUGAAAGUUAAAGAGCGUCCAGCAGUUUUCCUGAGGUCUCUGGAGGACGUGGUCGGAGAGGAGCAGGGACAGGUCUGUCUUCAGUGUGAAACCUCCAAAGAGACGGUGACUCCUGUGUGGAGGAAGGACGAUGUGAUGAUAAAAGCUGAUGAAAAGUAUGAGCUGCUGCAGUUUGGGAAGUCAAUGGCACUGAUUAUCCAUUCGCUGAGCAAAGAUGAUGCUGGACAGUACACCUGUGACCUGGGCACCAGCCAGACCAAGGCUAAAGUUACAGUACACGAUUUGCACAUCACCAUUGUUCACCGUAUAAAGACGGCCUCUGUCCUGGAGGGUGAAAGCUGCACCUUUGAGUGCCUCCUCUCUCACGAUGUGGAUGAUGAACCUUCCUGGACCAUCAACGGCCAGGAUGUAGCCGCCAACGAGCGCCUGCAGGUGGUCCGCAACGGCCGCAAGUAUAAGAUGGCUGUGAGAAAUGCAGUUAUCACGGACGCCGGAGACGUGGUCUUCUCAAUCAAAGACCUGAGCUGCAGAGCCGUGCUGUUUGUCAAAGAAAAACCAGUUCACAUCUUCAGAGAGCUGCUGAAAGUGAAGGCCGUGCCAGGAGAGGAUGCAGAGCUGAGCUGUGAAAUCACCAAACCUGAGGUCACCAUCCACUGGUUAAAAAAUGGCCAUCUAAUCAGACAAAGCCCUAAGUAUGUGAUGAGUGUAGAGAAGAACUUGGCACGGCUGGUGAUCAAGAAUAGCACCAUCAGAGACUCCGGGGAGUACUGCUGUGAGGCCGGGGGCGUGGCCUCACGUGCCAAGCUGGAGAUCAGAGAACUUCAGCACACAUUUGCAAAAGAGUUACCUGACACGUACGCAGAAGAAAAGGGUAAAGUGACCCUGGAGUGUGAGACCUGGCGGCCCCCCAAGAAAGUGACCUGGUUCAAAGGAUUGGUGGAGCUGAGAUCCGGCAGGAAGUACGUGAUCAGACAGAGGGGUGUGGUGCUGUCGCUGACCAUCACCUACCUGGAGAAGUUAGACACGGACCUGUACACGUGUGACGUUGGCACCAUGCAGAGCCGGGCACAGCUGACGGUGCAGGACCAGAGAGUGAUGAUCCUGGAUGAACUUGAGGACGUCGAGUGUCUGGAAGGCGACACUGUCACGUUCAGAUGUAGGAUCUGCCCCGGCGACUACAUGGGGGUCAAGUGGUACCUGGAUGAGACUCUGCUCUAUACCAACGAGCUCAACGAGAUCCAGAUGAUUCCCGAAGGCCGCCACACCCUCACCUUCAAACAGCUCGCCCGCAAAGACACCGGCACCAUUUCAUUCGUAGCUGGAAACAAAAGGUCGUAUGCCUCGCUCCUGGUCAGAGAGAGGCGUCCCACCAUCAUCAAAGCACUGGAGGACUGCGAGGCCAUUGAAGGAGGUGGUCUGGUUUUGUCCUGCGAGACGUCCAAACCGUGCCACAUCGUCUGGUACAAAGACGGCUGCCUCAUGUGGAGCUCCUCCAGAUAUUUCACCGCUCGCUCGGGCUGCGAGGCUCGACUGACGAUCAGGGAGAUCUGUCAGGGCGACGCGGGGGUGUAUGAGUGCAGCGCAGGGUCUGUUACAACAAGAGCCGUCGUCACUGUCAAAGCCAUCCCAGCAGAGUUCACCAAGCCUCUGACAGACAUAGACACCAGCGAAGGAGAGACUGUGACCCUGCUCUGUGAGUUCUCGUUGCCCGGGGUUCAGGUCUUCUGGAAGAAAGGGUGUGAGAGUGUCAGACCUGGAGACAGGCAUGUGAUCAAACAGAGGAAAACUCUCAAUUCUCUCACCAUCAAAACCCUGAUACCCCACGACUCUGGGGACUACACCUGUCAAUGUCGAGAUCAUCAGACGACAGCAAGACUGAAAGUACAUGGUAUUCCCAUCUCAUUUAUACAACAACUGAGGAACAUGCAAGCUGAGGAGGGCAGCAACAUCGUACUGCGCUGUGAGAUUUCCAAACCUGGAGUGAAGGUGGAGUGGAAGAAAGACGACGAGCUGCUGAAAAAUGCAGUCAAACACCAGAUCAGGAAACGAGAAACCACACUGGAGCUGCUGAUAUGGAAGUCUGUGCCUGGAGACAGUGGAGUCUACAGCUGUGUGUGUGCUGACCAGACGACAUCUGCCACGGUUAAAGUCACAGCUCUGCCAGUCACAUUCAAGCAGAAGCUGAGGAACGUGAUAAUCGAGGAGGGCAACACCGCCACUUUGCGCUGUGAACUGUCCAAACCUGGUCACGUGGUGGAGUGGUGGAGGAGGGGGGAGACGCUCCUCAGGAACGGAGAGAAAUAUCAUAUACGUCAGAGAGACGUGUUGAUCGAGCUGCGAGUCACUGACGUGACGCCAGAGGACAGUGACAUCUACACCUGCAUCUGUGGGAACGCUGAGACGACGGCCACCCUGACUGUGAAUGCUCUUCCCAUCACUUUCAAACAAAAGCUGAAGAACCUGCAAGUCGAGGAAGGUCACAACGUCACGUUGACCUGUGAGGUCAACAAACCCGGAGUUCCGGUGGAGUGGACGCUGGCAGGAGAGCCGCUAGAGAAUGACGAGAAAUUCCAGAUGAAGCAAAGAGGCAGCGUCCUGGAGCUGAUGAUCAGAGAUGCUGAGCCAGAGGACAGUGGUGUGUACACCUGCACCUGCAGAGAGCAGAAGACGAAGGCCACCGUUAAAGUUACAGCUGUUCCCGCCAGGUUUAAAGUCAGCCUGAAAAGUCAGGAGGCGGAAGAAGGGACUGAUGCAACCUUACGGUGUGAGCUGUCCAAGAGGGGAGCUGUGGUGCAGUGGCAGAGAGACGGUCGGGCGUUGACAGAGGAGACGUCCAGGGGGAAGUAUGAGAUGAAAGUGGAAGGAAAGAUAGCACUGAUGACCAUUGUUAACGUCCAGCCAGAAGACGCAGGGAGGUACGGCUGUGUCGUGGGUGAUGAGAAGACCACGGCUGAAAUCAAAGUCAAAUUACUUCCUGUCACAUUCAAACGGGAGCUGCAGCCCCUCGCGGCGAAGGAAGGAGCCAGUGGAGUCUUCUGCUGUGAGCUCUCCAAACCUGGAGCUGCAGUGGAGUGGAGGAAAGGCAGAGUCAUCCUGAAGCCUGGAGGGAAAUAUGAGAUGAAACAGGAAGGACGUCUCUCUAAACUCGUCGUCUACAACGUCGAGGAGAGCGACGCCGGGACGUACACGUGCAAGACUAAAGACAGCCAGUCCAUCGCUGAACUUACAGUCCAGGGCUUACCGGCGACUUUUAAGCAUCCACUGAUGAACCAGGAGACGACCGAGGGCGGCAGUGUGGUUCUGCACUGCGAGCUUGACAAGCCGGCUCCGUCUGUGGAGUGGAGGAGAGGAAGUGAGCUCCUGACGAACGGAGACAAGUACCAGAUGAGGAAGAAAGACCUCCAGGUGGAGAUGAAGAUCGUGGACCUGGAGCUGGAUGACAGUGGAGAGUACAUCUGCGUGUGUGGUGAUCAGAGAACAACAGCUGAGAUCCAUGUGAACGAACGACCCAUUAAAUUUACCCAAGAACUGAAAAACAUUCAGGUGCAGGAGGGCAAUGAGGUGACCCUGUGCUGUGACCUUUCCAAACCGGACUACCCUGUACACUGGCUGAAAGGAGACAAAGCCCUGAACUGUGGUGACAAAUACCAAAUGAAGCAGAACGGAGCCACGCUGGAGCUGGUCAUCAAGAAGAGCCAGCCUGAGGACAGUGGCAAAUACAGCUGCGUGUGUGAAGGAGCGAGAACUACCGCCACCAUCAUCAUCACUGCAAUUCCAGUGACGUUCAAGCAGAAACUGAAGAAUCAGGAGGCCGUGGAGGAAGGCAGCGUGAUGCUGCGCUGUGAACUCUCCAAGCCAGGAGUGCCAGUGGAGUGGAGGAGAGACGCUCAGCUUUUAAAAGAAGGAGACAAAUAUCAGAUGAAGCAGGAGGGGCGUGUGGCUGAAUUGAUGAUGAGAAACUUAGCUCUUAAAGACACGGGGGAGUAUUCUUGUUUUAUCGGCACUGUUGUGACCUCGGCUCAGGUCAAAGUAAGAGCGCUGCCGGUAACAUUUCAACAAGAGAUGGAGACUUUGGAGGUCAAGGAAGGAGACAGUGGUGUCUUCUGCUGCGAGCUUUCCAAACCUGGAGCUCCGGUGGACUGGAGGAAAGGCAGAGUGAUCCUCAGACCGGGGUACAAGUAUGAGAUGAAGCAAGAAGGCCGACUGACAAAACUGACUAUCAAUAAUGUGGAGGAAAGUGAUGCUGGGAGAUACACCUGCAAGACUGACGACAGCCAGACGAGCGCCGAGCUCAUCGUCAAAGCCCCUCCGGUCACAUUCAAGACGAAGCUGAGAAACCUUCAAGUGGAGGAGGAGAAUAAUGUGACUUUGAGCUGUGAGUUGUCCAAGUCUGGCCUGGCUGUGGAGUGGAGGAAAGGAGAAGAGGUUCUGAAGAACAACUUCAAGUAUCAGAUAAAAAACCGCAGCGGUUGCAUGGAUUUGAUCAUUAAAAACACACAGCUGGAGGACAGCGGUCUCUACAGCUGCAACUGUGGCGCCGUGAAGACCACCGCCAACGUCACCAUCACACCCAUUCCACUCACAUUCAAAAUGGGUCUGAAGAACCAGGAGGCCCCCGAAGGUGGAAACGUGUCACUGCGCUGUGAACUGUCCAGGGCCGGAGUACCAGUGGAGUGGUGGAAGGGCGAGGACCAGCUGUUCCCCGGGGGCAGGUGUCAAAUGGUGCAGAAGGGAAAUAUAGCAGAGAUGAUCAUUAAAAAUGUCCAACCAGAGGACGUGGGACAGUACAGCUGCAUCUGUGGAGAGCAGAAGACGACGGCUGAAGUCAACGUGCGAGCUGCAGCGUCUGUGUUCUUUGAGAAGGAACUCAUCAAUCAAGUGGUGAUGGAGGGGAAAAGUGUCCUCCUGUCUUGUGAGGUUUCCAAUGCUAACGUUCCGGUCACCUGGAAGAAAGACAACAAAGUCGUGGAAGAAGGAGAGCGCUGUGUCAUAAGGAAAAAAGGCCCCACGCACACGCUGGAGAUCCACAAGUUGCUUCUGGAGGACGCGGGCGAGUACUGCUGCAUCAGCAGAGGCAAGAAGACGGCAGCAAACGUCAUCGUCAGGGAGAGAGUACGUAUUGUCACCGAACUGCGAGACGUGAGGGUGACGGCAGGAGAGAACGCGGUGUUCGUGUGCGAGCUGAGCCACGCGGCGGUGAGCGAAGGCGUCUGGUGGCUCGGACCCAGUCCUUUGCAGCAGAACGAGAUGAACCAGAUGACCUGCCAAGGUCGUCAGCAGAAGCUGGUCCUCUCCAUGACGACGACGGAAGAGACGGGCACAGUGAUGUUUGUGGUUGGGGACGAGAAAACUUCUGCUCAUCUGACGGUGCUUCCUAAACCCAAGGUUUUAUUUGAGAAGAAGCCUGAAGAUGUCGUGAUCAUGGAGGGAAAGACGGCCACUUUAUCCUGCACGGUUUCUGACACCACGUCCAAUGUUACCUGGAGACGGAACCACAUUCCCCUCCUGAGUGGUGACAAGUACGGGCUACGUCAGGAGGGAAAAGUCCACCUGCUGCUCAUCCAUGACGUGGAGCCUCUGGACACUGGCACAUACUGCUGUGAUACAGGAGACGAGCAAAGUACCGCCAAAGUUACUGUGACAGAGUUGCCCCCGUUCUUCCAGGAGGAGCUGCAGGCCGUGGAAGCUGAGGAGGGGGAUUCUGUCACUCUCUACUGUGAGCUGUCUAAAAUUUCUAUGCCAGUUCAGUGGAAAAAGAACGGACUGCCGCUGAGAUCCGGCAGGAAGUACGAGGUAAAACAGGACGGCUGCUUCCUGCAACUGCACAUCAAGGAGGUCAAACCUGAGGACAGCGGCCACUACACGUGUCAGUCCGGCAGUGCAGAGACAACUGCGACCGUGACGAUAAAAGAGCCGCCACCAUUCUUCAAGAAAGAAUUAAGAAGUGUGGAGGCUGAAGAGGGAGGAACGGCCGUCCUGUCCUGUGAACUCUCUCACCCUGGGGUUUCAGUUCAGUGGAAGAAGAACAAACUGCCUCUGAGAGCCAGCAGAAAGUAUGAAAUGACACAAGAGGGCAGCAAUAUUGUCCUCCACAUCAGAGAGCUCACGCUGGCCGACAGUGGUAGCUACAGCUGUCAGACUGGAAGAGAAGAGACCACUGCAAGUGUGACGGUGAAAGAGCUCCCGCCAUUCUUCAGAAAAGGAUUAGAAAAUGUGAAGGCGGAGGAAGGAGGAACAGUGACUCUGAAAUGCGAGGUGUCCAAACCUGGACUUUCAGUUCAAUGGAAGAAAAACAAAGUGUCUCUGAAGCCCAGUAGACGCUGUGAGUUCAGUCAAGAUGGCUGCUUCCUCCAGCUGCACAUGAGGGAGGUCAAAGCUGAGGACAGUGGCACCUACACGUGUCAGGCGGGACGCAUAGAGACCUCAGCAACUGUGGCAGUUAAAGAGCUAAAGCCUUAUUUCAAACAACAACUGGAGAACGUGGAGGCAGAGGAGGGAGGUACGGUUUCUCUGUGCUGUGAGGCGUCCAAGCCUGAUCUGUCAGUGCAGUGGAAGAAGAACAAUCUGCUUCUGAGAGCAAACAGGAAGUAUGAGAUAAACCAAGAUGGCCGCCUCCUCCAGCUGCACAUCAAGGAUCUAAAACCUGAAGACAGUGGAAGCUACACGUGUGGAGUAGGGGACGCGGAGACCACUGCGAAUGUAGCAGUGAGAGAAAUCCCCCCAUUCUUCAAGAAGGAGUUACAAAAUGUCCAGACGGAGGAGGGAGGGUCAGUCUCUCUGUCCUGUGAGGUGUCCAAACCUGAUCUGUCAGUGCAGUGGAAGAAGAACGGAGUACCUCUGAGAGCCAGCAGGAGGCACAAGAUCGGGCAGGAUGGUUGUUUGCUGGAGCUGUACUUUGAGGAGGUCAAACCUGAGGACAGUGGCACCUACAUGUGUCAGGCAGGAGGCACACAGACCUCUGCGAGUGUGUCAGUGAAAGAACUCACUCCGUUCUUCUGCGAGGAAUUGUGUAACGUUGUGGCUGAAGAGGGAGGAACUCUGUCUCUGUGCUGUGAGCUGUCUAAACCAGGAGUGUUUGUGCAGUGGAGGAAGAACAGGCUGCCAAUAAGAGCCAGUCGAAAGUAUGACAUCAACCAAGAUGGAGGCUUACUCCAGCUUCACAUCAAGGAGGUCAAACCUGAGGACAGUGGCACCUACACGUGUCAGGCAGGAGGUGCAGAGACCACUGCAAAUGUGGAAGUGAAAGAACUGUCUCCGUUCUUCGAGAAAGACUUAGAAAGUGUGGAAGUGGAGGAGGGAGACACUGUCUCUCUGUCCUGUCAGGUGUCCAAACCUGGUCUGUCAGUGCAGUGGAGGAAGAACAGACUGCCUCUUAGAGGCAGCAUGAGGUACAACAUGAAGCAGGACGGCUGUCUGCUGGAACUCCACAUUGUGGAUGUCAAACCUGAGGACAGCGCCACCUACACCUGUAAGGCAGGAACUGCUGAGACCACUGCGACCGUGGUAGUGAAAGGUUUGUCAAACAGUAAGUACGACAGGGUCCGGGAUGGCUGCUCCCUCCAGCUGCACAUCAAGGAGGUCAAACCUGAGGACAGCGGCAGCUACACGUGUCAGGCGGAUGACGUAGAGACCAGGGCGGACGUUGUGGUCAAAGAUGCAGAGGAGGGAGGUUCAGUCUCUCUGUCCUGUGAGGUGUCCAAACCUGGUCUGUCAGUGCAGUGGAAGAAGAACAGACUGCCUCUAAAGGACAGCGGGAAGUACAGGAUGAAGCAAACUGGCUGUCUGCUGGAGCUCUGCAUUGAGGAGGUCAAACCUGAGGACAGCGGCACCUACACCUGUCAAGCUGGAAGUGUGGAGACCACUGCGAGUGUGUCAGUGAAAGAGCUCCCUCCAUUUUUCAAGAGAACCUUGGAGAGUUGUGAUGCUGUAGAGGGCGGUAGAGUUCACCUGUCCUGUGAGGUGUCUAAACCUGGUUUAUUGGUGCAGUGGAAAAAGAACGGACUCCCACUCAGAGCUGGCAGGAAGUACAAGAUGAAGCAGGAAGGUUGUCUUCUGGAGCUUCUGGUUGAGGAGGUCAAACCUGAAGACGGCGGUAGCUACACGUGUCAAGCAGAACGUGUAGAGACUACCGCGAGUGUGGAAGUAAAAGAGCUGACUCCAGUCUUCAACAAAGAAUUAAAAAAUAUGGACGCCAAGGAGGGAGGUACGGUUUCUCUGAGCUGUGAACUGUCCAAACCUGCAGUGUCAGUGCAGUGGAAGAAGAACAACGUACCGCUGAGAGCAAACAGGAAGUACGAGAUGAAGCAGGAUGGCUGUCUUCUCCAGUUGAACAUUAAGGAGGUCAAACCUGAGGAUGGCGGCACCUACACAUGUCAAGUGGGAAGUGUGGAAACCUCUGCGACGGUGACAGUGGAAGAGAGUCCACCGUUCUUCAAGAGGGACUUACAAGGUGUAGAAACUGAGGAGGGAGGUUCGGUCUCUCUGUCCUGUGAGGUGUCCAAACCUGGUCUGUCAGCGCAGUGGAAGAAGAACGCACUACCUCUGAGAGCCAGCAGGAGGCACAAGAUGAGGCAGGAUGGUUGUUUACUGAAGCUGUACAUUGAAGAGGUCAAACCUGAGGACAGCGGCACCUACACGUGCCAAGCAGGAAGUGCAGAGACCACUGCGAGUGUGGCAGUGAAAGAGCUGACUCCAGUCUUCAACAAAGAAUUAAAAAAUAUGGACGCCAAGGAGGGAGGUACGGUUUCUCUGAGCUGUGAACUGUCCAAACCUGCAGUGUCAGUGCAGUGGAAGAAGAACAACGUACCGCUGAGAGCAAACAGGAAGUACGAGAUGAAGCAGGAUGGCUGUCUUCUCCAGUUGAACAUUAAGGAGGUCAAACCUGAGGAUGGCGGCACCUACACAUGUCAAGUGGGAAGUGUGGAAACCUCUGCGACGGUGACAGUGGAAGAGAGUCCACCGUUCUUCAAGAGGGACCUACAAGGUGUAGAAACUGAGGAGGGAGGUUCGGUCUCUCUGUCCUGUGAGGUGUCCAAACCUGGUCUGUCAGCGCAGUGGAAGAAGAACGCACUACCUCUGAGAGCCAGCAGGAGGCACAAGAUGAGGCAGGAUGGUUGUUUACUGAAGCUGUACAUUGAAGAGGUCAAACCUGAGGACAGCGGCACCUACACGUGCCAAGCAGGAAGUGCAGAGACCACUGCGAAAAAUACUCCAUAUUUCCACAAGAAAUUAACAAAUGUGGAGGCCGAUGAGGGAGGUUUGGUUUCUCUGACCUGUGAACUGUCCAAACCCGGUCUGUCAGUGCAGUGGAAGAAGAACAAGGUUCCACUGAGAGCAAACAGGAAGUAUGACGUGAAGCAAGAUGGCUGCUUCCUCCAGCUGUACAUCAAGGAGGUCAAACCUGAGGACAGCGGCAGCUACACGUGUCAGGCGGGAAACCUGGAAACAACUGCAACCGUGGCAGUGAAAGAGCUUCCACCGUUCUUCAAGAAGGACCUACAGAGUGUAGAGGCUGAGGAGGGAGGUUCAGUGUCUCUGUCCUGUCAGGUGUCCAAACCCGGUCUGUCAGUGCAGUGGAAGAAGAACAAAUUGCCACUGAGAGGUGGCAAAAAAUAUCAAAUCCGGCAGGAUGGAUGUUUGCAGGAACUUCUCAUCGAGGAGCUCAAAUACGAGGACAGCGGCAGCUACACGUGUCAAGCGGGCGCUGCAGAAACCACUGCCAGUGUCACAGUUAAAGAACUUUCUCCAUUCUAUAAGAAGGAAUUACAAGAUGUAGAGGUUGAGGCAGGAGGUACGGCCUCAUUUUCUUGUGAGUUGUCCAAACCCGGGGUGUCCGUGCAGUGGAAGAAGAACAAUCUGUUAUUGAGAGCAAACGCCAAGUAUGAGAUAAAGCAGGACGGCUGCAUCCAACAACUACAGAUAAAGGAUCUCAAACCUGAGGACAGUGGCAGCUACACGUGUCACACUGGAAAUGUAGAGACAACUGCAACUAUGACAGUGAAAGCUCUUCAAAGUGUUCCAUUAAAAACAGAACCUUCCGUGGUGUUACCGCGAGUAAAAGGCACCGUGUCUCCUACUCCGGACAAUGAGAAGCCGCUCCGACAAGAAGCCAAGCCCGUUCCUCCAGAACCCAAAAAGAGAGUGCACAGAAAACCAUCUAUUACUAAUUCAGAGAAAGACGUGGAGCCGUUGAUUGAUAUAAAGAGGAUCAUAAUGAAGAACGGUCAGGCUGACCAGGUCGGAAAACAACCCGUCAUUUCUAAAGAGGAGGAAUAUAACGCUGCGCAGAAUGAAACUCAACGGGAGAAAACACGGGUGAAAGUGAGUGAGAUGAACAAGAAAGGUGAAGAUGAUGGAAGGAAGAAAACGCUUGAAGAUCCUGGUCGAGCCGAGAACGCAGAGAAGGAGGGUUUCCUGGAAAAGACAAAACCAGGAAUCACAAAACUGGAGACAACUGUCAUCGAAGACCUUAAAGUAAAUGAGUCAGAAGGAAUAAAGGAUGACAGACAGAUGUUUGAACAACAGAUGUGGGAAAGUCUUCUGCAAACUGAUCUAACUGAAAAGAAAUCCAAGUAUCCAGGAACACAGGUGUUGAAGAACACCGAGGACAGAAAAGGACCUGGGGUAGCACAGAAAGAGUUUGUUGAAAAUGGUUCAAAAGAACAUACGAGGUCUGGAGUAAAUGAAUUGGAUAUAAACAAGGCAAAAGAGGAGGAGCGUUUGAUUCACCCACCAACAUCUGUAGAUGGAAAUCAACGUACCUCUAAUGAAAUUUAUGAAUUUGUUCCCCGAGGAUCAAAGACAGCAGUUAAAGACACUAACAAAGACCAACAGGCAGAAAGACAAAAUAUGCCACUAAACCAAAUGUCUGUAAAUAACCAGGGCAUAAAGUCAGAAGAAGAAGAGAAACCUUCUCAAAGAGGAGACGACUCCAACAUCCAUCCGAGAGUACCAGCGAGGAUAAAAGGCAAAGCCAGAGGAGCAGUGGAAAAACAAUUAUCGAGAGAAACAGACACCGAUCAGGUGGAAGGACAGCUGCUGAGAGAAGAUGUGAUUGGUUUAAGAAAAGAUCUGCCGAAUGAACAUUCAGUGAGACGUGUGGAGGGAGAGAGCGACCUAAGCCUGGAGGGAGAGAGAAGGUCAGUGGUAGUUGAUAAAGUAAAGCGUUCUGUGAACGCUGCAGAGACAGAUGUGAUCAACACGGAAACCAUUAAACCACCAGUAAAACCCAAGAGAAAAGAGCCUGAAGUUGAAACAGCAGUAGAACCAACAAGGACGGAAGAAGAAGACACUCCGCUUCUUUACAUUUCUGAAGAUGAGACGUUCUCAGAGGCUCUAAUGGAGCUGCCAGUGGACCACAACGCUAGUUUUCUUACUGAGCCGGUACCAAAACCACCUGUUCUCACAACUAAGGAACUCCAGAAGACACCACCUCCCAAAGAGGAGUCAGAAAUCGAAGUCUGCGCCGAGUUCGAACCAGAAAUGGAACAGGCCGCAGUCAAAAUCCAGGCUGCCUUCAAAGGCUUCAAAGCCCGCAGAGAAAUGAAACCUGUCUUUACCGAGGUGUUUAAGAACCAGACUGCCGACCUUCACGGCACCCUCACGCUGACAUGUGUCGUGGAAGGAAAACCCAGUGCCGUGCAGUGGCUGAAAAACGGCACACCCAUCACCGGCGACCACCGCUGCCAGGCUCAGACCUCAGAGAACAGAGUCUACAGACUGGUCAUUAAGAACCUGAAGAGCAGCGACGCUGGAGUCUACACCUGUGAGGCAGUGAAUAAGUUUGGUGCAUCCUCCUACAAUGGUAACGUAACAGUCGUCCAGCCUCAGCAGCAAACACCCACGGCCUGCAAACCUGCGCACCCGCUGCUCGCAGCCAUAACGCCCCUGCAGCCUGCUCCACCAAAGCCUGAGCUGGAGAAUGAUACGCAGACUCAGCUGCUCGCAGCCAUAACUCCCCUGCAGCCUGCUCCACCAAAGCCUGAACUGGAGAAUGAUACACAGACGCAGGGCGUGCAAGGACAACUUCCAACCUCACCUCCGGCUACAGAUGAAGCUAACUAUGUAGAAAGUUUGAAUGUCUCUCUGUGGGAGGCCUACAACCUGACAGAGAAGGAGACACCGGCGAAUCUACAGGAGAGACGAGGGUCGUCGGUUAAAGCUGCCAGCUCCAUUGUGUCCAGUCCUUCUGAUUAUGACACCGCUCCAGAUGUGCUGGAACAUGAACCAGCUCCAGCUCGUCUGAGGGAACUUCCAGUGCCAGAAAACAAAGUUCAACCUUCAAAAGAAAAGGCAGAAGACACAGUGGCUCCUCAACCUCACAUGAAACUUCUAAAGGUCACAGCAGCAGCAAAUGAGAGCAAAAUGAAGACACCGUCUCCAAAGCACCAUCGUUCGCACACACCGUUAACCAGUACAAUAUCUGGAUCCGAAUCAGAGGGAGAAGAUCACAGUCAGGAGACAUUUGAGAUGUACGUGGCUCGGGCAGACUGCAGCCCCACCAGUGGAAACAGGGACAGUUUUGUCCUCAAGGAGGGGCAGUUUGUGGAGGUCCUGGACUCAUUUCACCCUGACAACUGGCUGGUGAGGACCAAACCCACGAAGACCAACCCUGCGAGACAAGGCUGGGUGUGUCCAGCCUAUCUGGAGAAGAGGAGAAAAGAGACGUUCCCUCAAGUAAGAACACCUCAGGAUGGUCUUGAUGGAAUUGGUUCAACAGUCGAAGAGUACAGGAAAGUUUUGAGUCAACUGGUCAGAGGCCUCAUCAGUGGAGAGGAGGAGUUUGUCAAAGAGAUGAAGACGUUCAUCUCUCACCAGUUAAAUCAAAUGGAGUCCAGUCGCCACGUUCCCAUGAACAUCCUCAACCAGAAGGAGACCAUUUUCAGGAAUAUCAAGGAUGUCAUCACUCUGCACGAGAGGUCCGUCCUUCCCGGUCUGAGAAGCUGUGACACGGAUGAUGACGUGGCCAUGUUUCUGCUCAGGCACAGCGACCAUUUUGACAAGUAUCUGCCGUACCUCGUGGGACAAGCACAAGCAGAAGCCUGUGUCACUGAUAAGGCUACGCAACAAUAUUUCAAAGAGUUAUCACAAUCUGGUAAGUCCGACCUACCAGUCAUGGACGUCCUAACAUUCCUCCAGAGACCAGUGGAGAGGAUGCAAACCUACCAGGGUCUGUUGAAGGAGUUAAUUAAGAACAAAGCCAAGAGUGGUCAAAGCUGCUCUCUGUUAGAGGACGCCUUCUCCAUGGUUUCCUGCCUGCCCUGGAGGUCCGACAAUCUGCAUCAGGUAUCGCUAAUCGAGAACUACCCCGCUCCUCUAACUGCCCUGGGUGAACCUGUGCGACAGGGAGUCUUCACAGUGUGGGAGGACUCCACAGAGGUGCGGACAGCCUCCAGAGGGCAUCAGAGACAAGUGUUUGUCUUCAGGGAAUGCAUUGUACUGUGUAAAGUGAAAAGGGACCUGCGCAUGAACAGCGCCAUCUACUCCUUCAAGAAUAAAAUGAAGCUAAACGAUGUGGAAAUAAAGGAGAUGGUUGGAGGUGAUGAAAGAUCUUGGGGGUUGUGGCACGAACACAGGGGUUCAGUGAGGAGGUACACGCUGCAGGGUCGCUCCGCUGUGGCAAAACUGCCCUGGAUCAAGGACUUGAAGAAGCUCCAGCAAUGCUCUAAUCAGCCUGUCAACAGUCCACCUGUAUUUGAGUCCUUGUUGUGUGACUGCACCACAAAAAUGGGACAGACCAUUAAACUGACCUGCAAGAUCACGGGGUCACCCAAACCAGUGGUUGGCUGGUUCAAAGACGGUCUCCCCCUGGAGGACGACCCCCGUCACAUCAUCACGUCAGACAGGGCCGGCUCCUACAGCCUUGUCCUGGACAGUCUCACCUGCGAUGACUCUGGGCAGUAUACCUGCUACGCUACCAACUCCGUGGGCAGCGCUGGUUCUUUGGCUAAGGUCAUAGUGCAAGCUCCACCCAGGUUUGUAAGUCGUCUGGAGAGUUCCUGUCUGAUAGAAGGAGAGGAUCUCCAGUUCACAUGUUCCACAUUCAGUACUCCGUUCCCACAAAUCAGGUGGUUGAAGGAUGGGAAAGAACUGACCGACCAACAGAAGUAUUUAAUCCAGAAUGAUUCUCGAAGUGGAAUCCUGAGUCUGACAGUCAUCAGAGCGACCGCGGCAGAUAUUGGACAGUACGAGUGCGAGCUUUCAAACGAGUUUGGCUGCAUCAAGUGCAGGGCAGGUCUUUGCCCCGCUUAUGUACCACCGACCGAUGUCGAGACGGACCAACCUCAGGACUUACCACCUAAAGGUAGGAGUCGACGAGCCGCUGAAGGUAAAUACCCUGCAGACGAAAUGAAAACCACGUAUUUCAACCACACUUCACUAAUUCAUCAGACUGAAAGGGGACGAGGCACAUGUCACAUGUCACAUGUCACAUGUCACAUGUCAUUGUCUACUUUUCACUUUGAAACCUUCAUCUUUUCACAUCACGUCAUGUGACACUCCUUCAAACAUCGGUUCAAGUUUACCUCAUUUUUGAAACUUGAGACUCACAUCUUCUUUCCUCGGUUUCACCCAUUUCACACACUCACGUUGUUUGGAACUUUACCACCAACCAGUGAUCAUCAGAUCCCGACUGUUUGUGGCAUUUGAAUUCAGCUUUUUAGUCCUUGAAAAUAAAUCAGUUUACAGUGACGUGUAUAAAGAGCAGAGGUGGGUAGAGUAGGCAAAAAAAUUGUACUCAAGUAAAAGUACUGUUACUUCAGAGUAAUAUUACUCAAGUGGAAGUA